AUGUCGACCCAAUUCUUGCUUCAUGUUCUGCUAUUGGUGGCAGCGGCAGCCACCACCAAGACGGUCAAGAGCCUCACCGUUGCUCCUGGCUGCCAGGCGAGCUGCGGCGGCGUAGACAUCCCCUACCCUUUCGGCAUCGGCAGCGGCUGCUCCCGCAAGGGCUUCGAGAUCGACUGCAUCAACAAUGGCCCUGUGCUCGCCGACACGUCCUUCGAGGUGGUGCGCCUUUCAGUGGAUCCUGCAGAAUUGCUGGUGAGGCUCCCCGUCGGGUUCAAGUGCUACAACGCCUCCGAUCCAAGCAACUAUGAGGACUCUAGCUAUGGUGAGACAUUAAUAAACAAGGAAGGCGUGUACCGCAUCUCCAACACCCACAACAUGGUCGUCGUCCUCGGCUGCAACACCUUUGCACAGGCGGCGAGCACCCAGACCGACGGCACCGACUACCCCUAUGCCUACUACACGGGGUGCAUGUCCUACUGCAACAACUCGGCGAGCGCCCAGGACGGCCAGUGCGCCGGCGUCGGGUGCUGCCAUGUCGACAUCCCGCCAGGACUCACCGACAACUACUUCAAGUUCACGACCUACGACCACUCCGGUAUGAUGGACUACAGCCCAUGCGACUAUGGCUUCCUCGUCGACAGGACCAGCUACACCUUCAAGCGCUCCGACCUCCUCAGGGACCCAAACCGGACCUCGCUGGUGUGGCUAGACUGGGCCAUCCGCGACAACGUCACCGUCUCCGGCUCCGGCGACAUACUAUCGUGCACUGAAGCGGCCAAGACCACCACCCCCAAGUACGCCUGCGUGAGCGAACACAGUAAGUGCGUUGACACCAUCAAUGGGCCUGGCUACAACUGCAGCUGCUCCGAUGGCUACGAGGGCAACGCCUACGUUCCCGGCGGAUGCACAAACAUAAAUGAAUGUGCAAAUUCAACCAAGUAUCCCUGCAAAGGUGAAUGCCAGAACAUCGAAGGAUCUUACCUAUGCACCUGCCCUUCGGGUUACAGGAGCGAUGACCCGAGAAUCAUACCAUGUACUCGGAAGUUUCCACUGGUUGCACAAAUUUGCAUAGGUACAAUAGGUGGUAUUCUUGUCAUUGUAUUUAUGGCAUUCGUCGUUAUUAUUCGAAAAGAGAGGCGGAAGACCAAAGAGUUCUAUGAGAAAAAUGGUGGUCUUACAUUAGAGAAAGCAAAAGUUAUAAAGCUUUUCAAAAAGGAGGAUCUCAAGAAAAUUUUGAAGAGUGGUAAUAUUAUCGGAAAAGGUGGCUUUGGUGAAGUUUACAAGGGGCUUGUUGAUAAUGAACUUGUCGCAGUAAAGAAACCAAUUCGUAGCAAUGUGCUGGAGAGCACACAAUUUGCCAAUGAAGUCAUCAUCCAGUCUCAAGUCAUCCACAAGAACAUCGUUAAGCUUAUAGGCUGUUGCUUAGAAGUGGAUACCCCCAUGCUAGUGUAUGAGUUCAUCCCCAAAGGAAGUCUGGAUGACAUUCUUCACAAGGGUGAAAACAAGGUGCCUCUCAGCUUAGAUGUGCGCCUAAGUAUUAUUAAAGAAUCAGCACAUGGUCUAGCUUAUAUGCAUUCACAAGCCCACACCAAAAUCCUGCAUGGUGAUGUUAAACCGGCAAAUAUACUCUUAAAUGGAAAUUUUGUGCCAAAACUCUCAGACUUUGGCAUAUCGAGGUUGAUUGCAAUGGACAAGGAACACACUGCAAACGUCAUUGGUGACAUGACCUAUAUGGAUCCAGUGUACCUACAGACAGGCCGACUGACAGAAAAAAGUGAUGUAUACAGUUUUGGGGUUGUCAUCUUAGAAGUCAUUAGCAGGAAGAAGGCAACUCACAGAGACAAUAACAGCUUAGUGGCAAGUUUUCUUGAGUGUCACAAAGAAGGGAAGAAAGCAACUGAGCUGUUUGAUCAAGAAAUUGCAGCAGCCGAAGAUUUGGAGCUUCUUGAAGCCCUGGCUGGAAUUGCUGUGGAUUGUCUUAACAUUGAUGUGGAUCAAAGACCAUCAAUGACAGAUGUUGUGGCACACCUUGCCACGUUAAAUAUGUCGCGUAUGUUGUAAGUUUCUUUCCUGAGUUGAGUUCAAACAUGUGUGCCAUGUCCAAUAAGAUAGACAACUAUCAUAUAUCUAGACCUUUGUUGUAUUUGCUAUUGUCAUAAGCUUGGAGGCCAUCUUUAGUGCCAGAAAUUUUGUAAUAUUAUAGUGAGUGAUUAUAUUUUUUAUUCGAACAAAUGUAUUGAUUAAGUAAUUAAAUUUAUGU